GAACAUAGUGAUUUAGAUAUAAAACUUCAAUAUGUUGCAUUUUGAAGGAGUUUCAACACUGAUUGGAAAAACCACAGGCAAAGUUGUAAACCAUAAGGUUCGCAUAUCAAGCUGUAGAAUUUGUGAAAGGGCAAAGAGCAGAGGUGUCUUACCACGACAACAUAAGUGUAGAAAGAAUUGGAGUGGUUCGGCAAAGGGUAUGGAACCAGAUAUGGUAGUCGAAAUGUUAAAGGAAUUAGAUGAAAAAGGAGUGGAUAUAUUAGAAGUAGUAGGAGAUGAUGAUUCCACAGGGUUUGACCGAGCCAAGCGAUUAAUGCCCAAUUCAAAAAUGGAAAAAAUAAGUGAUAGAAAUCAUAUCAAACAUAACAUUAUUUCAAAGAUAAAUGAACUAAAGCCAAAACACAAAGAGUUAUCUGGAAUGGUUUGUGACGCAAUUGUUAAAAACUUUACAUACGUUGUCAACCAGAAUGUAGGUAAUCCGAGUGGUAUUGAGGACGGCCUACAUGCAUCAAUAAAACACAUAUUUGGCGAACAUGAUAACUGCAAUGAAACUUGGUGCGGAUACCUUAAAGACAAGGAUUCUUAUAUCCAUUCAAAUCUUCCCCGUGGAAAAGACCUAUGUUCGUCUGAACUCAGAUCAGAUCUUGAGAAACUGUUUAUUCAAAAAAUGGUUCCACAGUCUAAAAAGCUAUCUAACUUGGGCUCAUCACAGGCAAAUGAAAGCUUUAAUAACUUAAUUGCUCUCAAAGCUCCAAAAACCAAACAUUUCUCCACAUCAGCAUCUUUAAAUUACAGAGUCAGCUCAGCUGUACUCCAAAAGAAUGAGGGUUAUAAUUACAUUGCUGAGGUAUUAUUUGAUAAACAUCCUAUACUUAAUUGCAAUUAAGACAAUUGAACAGAAAUUAGCAACUAACAUUAAGGCUUUAAUAAUCACAAUGAAUGUGUAAUAAAUGCAAUCUUACUUCAUAUAUAUAUAUACUUCUCUAUUAAAAAAAAUAAACUAAAAAAAUAUAAAAAUAAGAAAAUACGGUAUGAUUGCAAAUGAGACAUCUAUUUACCAAAGACAAAAAGACAUAUCUAAGCAACUAUGUUAGGGCUUUUCCAAAAAUAAA